UGGUCAUGCGAUGUCAAAUGCCUAAAUCUAGCCUCACGAAAGAGAAGCAGCUGUUCUGCUAACGCAUAUUUAGCAAUAAACUAUCAACUUGCCGGCAAAGACCUCGCUGCUUUUCGAAUACUUUAUCGUUUAGAUCAGUGGUGAAAAACCCGUGACAGGACCUCGRAGUUAAAGUUAAGUCUUAGAGCCUUGAUUGAACUAAACAUGGGAGAAAGCAUUUCUCUUCAAAUAUCAUUYGGUAUAAUUGCUAUGCUUGCACUUAGCUGCAACUUUGUGUUUUGUUUGGUGCUACUUAUGGACCGAAGGAUGCUUCGCCAGGCUUGUAAUGUCUUCUUGUUCAGCCUUGCGGUCACCGACAUGCUAACAGGUAUAAGCCUAUUCGUAACACCCAAUUACAUCAUCGCUUCAGAGUACUUUACUAUCCCAGGAGGCAUCGCGGGUGACCUAUUUUGCCGCCUGUUCUACUCCCAGUGCAUUGUCUUCACAUUGGGUAUCGUGUCUGUAUACACACUGACCUUCAUGGCCGUGGAACGUUGGUACGCGGUCACGCGGCCUCACAAGUAUAAAGAUAUGUUCUCUAAGAACAAAAAGUAUAUCUAUGUUGGCGUUGUAUGGCUGCUUUCCUGCUUGCUCAACUCGCCUCACGCCCUCGAGAUGGAAAUGACCACUAAAAACUUCACGGAACCCAAGUGCAUCUGGGUUACCGCCAUUUCCAGCAAGAGUACCAGACAGGCUGUUGCAUUCCUGGAAUUCCUGGGUAAAUACUUUUUGCCAGUUUUCAUAACGUGCGCCACAUUUUUGAGCCUCCAGAUCACGGUCAAAAAGCCUGGGAACUUGUUCUUGCGUCGCAAUGGCAACGCUGGUGUACGACUCCUGCGCAUGUGCACUUUCACGGCUUUUGUCCUGGCGGUAUGUUGGUUUCCCAAUCAGUUGUAUUACUUGCUUUUUAAAUAUAAUUUAACAAAGCUAAACGUCCCCUGGCACCAUGCUACGGUUGUUUUAUGCAUGUUCAACUCGUGCGUCAAUCCUUGGGUAUACUGUGUGACCAAUAAGACGUACCGUAGAAAGUUCGCAGCCCUUCUUCAUAAGUGCUUCCCUAGAGUAGCAGUGAACUGCGAGACAACUUCUGCCACGGCGCCGUUUGAAGGAUCUACAGCCACAGAUAAACGAACCAAGGAUAAUCAAACUAUAUCUACAGAAAAAUCCGUAGCUUUUUGUGUUGAAAAGUUCAACGAGGUGGUCAGUUUCGAUGAAUCAGAAGAGGUUUCGCGUGCAGCUGAUGAUAAUUCGAGAAAUCCCGCCCAAAUGGAGCAUGAGUACGAAGGUACGGAACUUGGACGCGUUUACAGCCCAACCUUAAAAGAAACUGCGGCCAAAUAGAUCCACAAACACUUUUGUGUUCGGCUAAACAGCACUAUAUUACAAAGCUUUUCUGUAUACGCGGUUUAUCUUAUAAUAAAAUAUGAAAUCAUUAUA